AUGAAGCCACUGGCUCUUCUUCGUCCCCUCUCCUUUUCUUCUUCUCCAUCUCACCUUUUUCACCUCCCAAAGCCUCUUCCCCAUAACCACCGUGGCUUUCGCAUUUCAUGCUCUUCUCUUGAAUCCAAACCGAUAAAAGGUGAAGGCGCUGCUUCAAAGCCUGAAUACAAGCCCGGAGUGUUGGAUGAUUUGUUCCUCAGCUUGUUCCGCAACAAAUUGGUCAAGGAGGUUGGAUGGGAUUCGGAGAAGCCGGGUUUUGAUGGACUAAUUGAAGUCGCAAAUAGGCUUAUGAUGAAGGGCAGGACCAAUUCUGAUACCAGAGAAGCGACGGUAAGGAUAUUGAUAUCACUCUUUCCUCCAUUUCUGUUGGAUCUUUAUCGAAUGCUCAUAUCACCUAUAGGAGGAGGAAAAGUGGCUGCAAUGAUGGUAGCAAGAGUGACUGCACUCACUUGUCAAUGGCUUAUGGGCACAUGCACCGUUAAUUCUGUGGAUCUACCCGACGGAACCUCCUGCAGAAGUGGGGUGUUUGUCGAAAGAUGCAAGUAUUUAGAGGAAAGCAAAUGUGUAGGGAUCUGUAUCAAUACUUGUAAGCUUCCAACACAGACUUUCUUCAAGGACUACAUGGGGGUUCCUUUACUAAUGGAGCCAAACUUUAGUGAUUAUAGCUGUCAGCAAAAUGGCAGCGAAAUUUGCUUACAACUUCCUGUACGACUCCAAAAUCCCAGUUUCCCCAUUUGUAAUCAACCUGAUAUCUUACUCAAUUCUUUUGCGGAUCCAACAUGGCAGUUUAAAUUUGGGGUUCUUGCUCCAUUGCCUGAAGAUGAUAUCAGCCUCAAGGAGCCAUGCUUGGAGAUAUGCCCAAAUGCCACUCGACGAAGAGAAAUCACCAGAGACAUGGCCUUACCACAGUGCCCGAAGGCCUGAAAAAACUCAGCAUUGACCUACACUUAGCAUGUGGUCUUAUGGACCUGAAUUCCCAGCAAUUGGAGCCCACUCGCCUGAGCAUUGAGGCAGGUGCCUGAAACCUCCUCAGGUAGAUAUGUCCCAUAAGAGCUCUCUCACAUUUGCUCCUCCCAAACAAUCCAAACAGCAAAAUUGCUAAAAAUCUCUAUCCCAGUCAUACUAGUAGUUUUAUUCUUUCGUCUUUUUUUUCUUUUUUUUGUGGUGGUGAACAAAACAAUGUAUAAACUAGUUGCUUUUUGACACUUUACAAACACAUACUGUUUAUAAUAUCAAAUAAAAAACUCCUCUA